GUACAAGUUCUCAUGGGAGAGCCUUUUGCCUACACAAGCCUACUGCCGUGGCAAAACCUCUACUUCUGGUACACGGCCACCCACUUGCGCAGUACUGGACAAUUAGCCAGGAAUGCAAUUAUCAUGCCGUGCAGGGGUGUGCUGAGGGGUCAGGCCGUACAGUUCGAUCAUCUGUGGAAGUGCCACUCUGAUAUAGGUAUGAGUACUCGCUACCUGUGCGUUUGCAUGAGUGCAUCGGAUUGUGAACUGCAGGAUGCUAUGAUUCAGAUUUAG